CGACGAAGAAAUAGGACAGCGCAGGCAGCACCCGACGAUGUCUGUCAUGACCGGCAGGAAAGCACAAGGAGCCGCGAAGUGAAGAAGCACGUGGAUAUUAGUAGGAGGGCAGAACGACGGGGAGUUUCGAAGACGGUAUGAGGGAAGACAUGACGGGUAGUGCUGAAAGCGGUCUUCCACGAUCCGCGGGACGAUCCGAGGAGUAACAAAAGUACGGCCGACCACGAUGAAGGGAGCGUCGGGAGAAACCGAAAAAACGUAUAGAGUGGGGACCAAGGCUGUUGCCGACGACUGUGCUCAUGACUACGUGACACGAUGAAUGGUGGAGGAUAUAACGGAGGUGGCCGUAAUGGCAACAAUGGUGGUGGUAACAACGGCGGAGGGAAUAACGACGGAGGGAAUAACAGAGGAGGUAACGGUGACGGGGGCGGGAAUUGGAACGGGGGUGGAAACAACGGCAAUGGAAACGGUGAUGGUAACUGGAACAACGGAGGAGGAAGGGGCAACUGGGGCAGUGGAGGUAACAACGAAAAUGGUAAUGGAGGAGGACGAGGGGGCUGGAAUAGUGGGGGGUGGAAUCGAUGGAAUUGUAAUGGAGGGAGCAAUGGUGGUAAUCAGUGGAAUAAUGGAGGAGGUGGUGACUGGAAAAGAUCAGUGAAGUGUUACAAUUGUAACCAAUACGGCCAUAUCAGCCGGGAGUGCGAUGCUCCCAGGCAAGGUAGCUUCAGCAAUGGAGGGAACCGUAACAAUACCAACGGAGCUAGUAGCUUCAACAGCGAGAACGAGCCUGCCAUAGCCGCAGCGCCUGGCAUUAGUAAGAAACUGGAGGAAUCACUGAGGAUGGUGUGCCUUUACACAAAUCGCCAGAUUGAAAGGGAGGAGCGGCACGAGGCCGAAGCGCACGAGGCGGAGGAAAGAAGAAAGAGAAACGAUCAGGAACGCACGGCAAAGGAGGAGAAGAGUAGAUUGGAGCUAGAUAGGAAGAAGGCUAAAGAAAAGAAGGAGGCUGAUAGGGAGUGGAAGUUAGAAAUGAUCCUUGCUAAGCAGAAGGAGAAUCUUCGCGAGGAAUUCAAACGGAUGUUUGAAAAAAAGUUGAAGAAUGUUAUCGUGUCGCAAAGAACUUUGAUAGGGAAGGAUAGAGCUGAAUCUAACUCGGAUGACGAAGAACCAAUGGAGGAGCGACUGGAGAAAAGGAAGCGCCAACCAGUGCCAACAUGCCAAGUGGACGCAUCAGGGGAAUCGCCGGUAAAAGUGGGGCGAGCCUCAUCCUCAAUGCCGAGAGCAGUAAGUGAAGAGCGAUCCCCAAGACUGGGAGUACCACAUCGACGAACCAAAAACGAGGGCGCACAUUUAGGCUACCCAUAUCAAGACUCUGGGCUUUGGGAGGGAGCCCCAUCUGCAGAAGACUACACGACGAUAACGACAUUCCGAAAGGUUGUCCGCAAGUUCUUAGGAAAGAAGCUCAAGCCAACAAUUGAGGAAAUGUGCAAAGAAGUUGGUGUGGUGUACCUCGGGCGUCCGGAAGUGGUGGAUGAGCUGGUCAAGAUCUGCGUGAUGUACUUCAGUACCCAGACACCACCACGGACGGUGCCUGCACCUACGCCAACACCCAGGCCACGUAACGGAGGCAUUGUAAUCCGUGAGGCCGUGCAGCGAGAUGACCCACAAGACGCAAUCGGGGAACCCCCGCAAAUGAGGGGAACCCCGGGGUUAACGAACCGUAGGACACGUGAGCUAUGGGAAGAGUUGAGCCCGUACUUAAGGCUGCGAAGAGUAUUUAUUCAGGGAUCCGAGUUGGGGGAGUCCGGGAUUGGUGAAAAAAGGGGGGUGCUAAUGGGGUUACGUGUAGGCUCGUUGGAUGACCACCGCCGCACCUGAAAGUAUGGUAAAGGCAAGAGAAUAAAUUGUAUACCGACGA